AUGCACAGGCGGUUCCGGCAAGUUUUUACUGCUCUAAAAGAGCAUAGCUCCGUCAGCUAUGCUAAGAUAGCCACGGUUGGAGGGUUGUGCGACAUUGAUCAUAUUAUUGUCAAAGCAACUGCUCCUGAUGACUUGCCAUUGCCUGAGAAGUACAUUCAUGAAUUAUUGAAGAUCUUUUCGGUCUCCUCUUCUUCGUUUCGAUCAUUUGCAAUCAACUUCACUUGCCGGUUCAGCAAAACUAGGUGUUGGAGAGUUGCACUCAAGUGCCUUCUCCUCCUCCAUCGCUUGCUCAGGUUGUUGCCUGAAUGUAGUCCUCUUCGGACAGAACUGUUGUGGGCUCGAUCCAACGAUUUGGUCUCUUUUUAUCCAUGUUAUUUCCGCGACGAUUCUUCCUCAACGCCUGAAGCUUACACUCUUUUUAUCAGAUCUUACGCUCAUCUACUUGAUGAGGCCCUUGACUGUUGUUACUUGGAUGACAAGGAAACUUACUACGGAGACCAAAUGUCACAAGACUUUGCGAAGAAGAUGAAAGAAAUAACAGCAAUGCUUGAAGUUCUACCACAAAUUCAAAGUCUUAUUGAUAGAGUCAUGGAUUGUAGGCCAACUGGGGCAGCAGCAAGAAGCUUCAUUCUGCAAUCAACAAUGAAAUAUAUCAUUCGAGAUAGCUUCAUUUGUUACACCACAUUUCGCACACAAGUUGUUCUGUUGUUGGAUAAUCUCUUUCAAAUGCCAUACAGAAAUUGCAUGACAGCUUUUGGGAUUUACAAGAGAGCAGCUUCACAGGCGAAUCAGCUUUGUGAGUUUUAUGAUUGGUGCAAGGCUAAGGGAUUUUGUGGUUCUUAUGAGUAUCCAUUCAUAGAUCGGAUUCCUCAGAUACAAAUCCGGGCACUCGAGAAUUUCAUCAAUGGAAUGUGGCAGUUAACGGAGUCAUCAUCUUCAACCACAUCACCAUUAUCAGUAUUGGAGUCAAAAUCAAGUUCAGCUGAAGAUGAUGGAUACACACAUUUACUGUCAAAGGAUCUUGCGGCGGCCACUUCUUACCAGUGGGAGGAAUUCGGCGAGGAGGGGAAGCCGUUAAUUCUAUUCAAAGAUAGAGAAAAUGAUAGUUGGGAGACCUUGUUAGAAGCUUCAGUAAAUCUCUCUCGUGUUCCUCGGAGCGAUCUGCUCUGCUUCGAGGAUUUCAGCAGCGGCUGUGGCUAUGGGUAUGGAACAAAUCAUGGUUACCAAGAACAAGAAGUAGAGAGAACUGAAAAAGAUAAAUGGAUGAUGCAACUACACAACCCUAAUGUUUCUAACCCUUUCAGUCAGCCGGAUGAUUUGUAGAAGGCAAUUGCCUGUA